AUGGAUGAAACCCACAGUCUUCUACUAAACGAGGAGGCUCUCGAGGCGUGUCCCGAGCAAAAACGGCCAGUUUUCAUAUACGAAUGGCUCCGAUAUCUCGAUCGAAUACUUCCGAUCACUCAGAGAGAAGAUCUCAAAAAUGUGCAAAAAGAGUUGCAGAGACAGCUCGAAUCGCGGCUCUACACGGUCGUUGGACCGCCGACGAGAAAACUUUUGACAAGAUGCAUUGCCAGGGUGUACGCGUUGACUGGAGAUAUUGCGUCGAUGAAUAAUCUGUUGAAUUUGUGUAAUGACUCGUUGAAGAGUAAGGAUGAGUCGCCGAAGACUGUACAGAAUAAAUUAGCGGAUCUGUCAUGCCUGGCAGCUCUCUACGAUUCAAUGGGUCGAAUGGCGGGUCGAUCGAUAGAAGACACGCUGGCAAUCUCCAAAAACUGGAUGGGAACAGCGGUGGCUCAUAGUCAAGCUCACAUAAUGAACACCCUGACGAGUAUGGUGAAAGCACUGGGUUCCGGUGACUCGGUGACUCACAAGAAGAUUCAUUCCAUUGCGAAAAGCUCACUUCAAGACCGUACUCUCUGCAAGACACCACACGUGAAGAUCGCCUCGUUGGAGUGUCUCACAGCACUCGUCCCGUUCUACACGCCACUUUAUGUCACCGAAUUGGAAGCGAGUUGUACGAUGUGUAUCAAAGUUUUAGAGGGAUCCACGUAUGAGUUGAGAUGCGCGGUCGCCAAGUUUAUGGCACAGUUGUUGGCCACUUCGAUGAAACCACCGCCUGGUGCGGUUACUAAAGGAAAAUCCAACCAAAUGAUACCAGUCCGUCCUGCGUCUGUCACGGACACCCUAAACCUCCUGGCAUCUGGAUUCUUACGAGGUGGAAUCGGUGGAUUCCUGAAAACCAGCUCCUCAACGUUCGCAACAAUGGGACGAUCCGAUAUUCGGAUUGGAGUUAGCAUAUGCUACGUGGAAAUGGUCAGAGAAAUGGGAUCGGUGUGGUUGGAGAAGCAUUUGAAUGCAGUUUGUUCUCAUAUGGUGGAUUUGGCGUCGAAAUGCGGUCAUCUCGCAUAUACACAAAACGCCUCCCACAUCGCGGAAGCGCUCAUCAUCCGCCGCUGCAUCGCGUUCAUCCUCCGUCAAACCAUCGGAUCGCUCCUCGGAGAGAACGCCCAAACUCUCGCAUGCAAACAUCUCGGAGUCCUCCUAUCCCAAUACGUGGAUCUCGUCAGUAUCGGCACAGGAGACAAUUUGGACUCCUCCGUGGAUAGCAGUGAUUAUGGAAGUGGAUACGCUGUCAUUGUCAUCCUACAGGAGAUUUCAGUUCUCGUUCGACAAAUCGGAUCGUCGGUGAUGUCGUUGUUCACAGAAGCCACUGGAAUCAUGGAGAACAUCUUCAAGUGUCUGACACACCCACUGGCAUCUGCUAGGUACUCUGCUGCGUGGUGUCUUCGAUGUAUAGCGACGGCUGUUCCGAAUCUAAUGACUCCACUGAUCGAUCGGUGCCUUCCACGACUCGAUCAAAUGUCAUCUAGCUCUAGAGCUAUCAGUGGAUUCUCAAUGGCUCUUGCUGCUCUGUUAGCCGCUUCGAAUGACAGUUCUAAACUGGGAAUUCCAUAUGCAAAACCUCUGAAAGUGUUGGAUCUUGCUGAAGAAAUGCUGAGAACUGCCACUCAACAACCCAAGCUAACAAUAGCGAAACUAGAAUCCGGAUGGAAUCUUAUCAACUCUCUUAUCCAUUUGGGACCGUCUGUUAUGAAAGAACAUCUGCCACGUGUCAUUAAGUUGUGGAAAGCGGCGUUUCCGAGAAGUUCGAGAGAAGCGGAGACGGAGAAUAAUCGGGGUGAUGCGUUCAGUUGGCAAUGUGCAAUGGUGGCACAGGCGGGCGCGUUGUCGGUGAUGGAAGCGGUGGCUUCUCAACCGGAGUUGUGCUCAACGGGGAGUGCGCUCGAAGCGAUGAAAGUACCGAUUGAGUGUAGUUUGGUGAUGAUGUCGCAAGUGGGAAAUCUCAUCAAAAGUUACGGAAACGAGAUGAGACAAGCCAACUCGAUCGUUCGUAUCCGUCUCUACCGUCUCCUCCUCCUUCUCCCCCAUAAAAGUUUCGAGGGAAGCUACGUGGCACUGCUCCGAGAGCUCGUCGCCGAUAUCACUCUGUCAGAUAACUCGCAGAGUGCAAUGACCACUUCACUGCCGAUGACUCAGUUCACGGGCGUUGAGAAGAUUCUGAUCUCACCGUUGUAUAAUGCGACCGACUAUUCGAUGGUCGAGGAUUUGCUUCAAACCCCAAUCUCAUCUGUCUCAAUCGGCAACGUCGAGGAGGAUCUCUCCAAUCUGAUCCGCUCCUCCGCCUCCCAAAUCGGUGACACGUGGCCUGAAAAUGAUUCAGAAUCUCUGACAUGUCUCAACACGUCACUUCUAACCUAUGGAAAAGUGUUCCCACUGGUCAAUAAUAAGCACAAACUACAAAUCACCAAUCACUUCUUCGAUACGAUUCAGAAUGCGACGAAGAACGUGGCGAGACGACAGGCGAUCUUUGUCAAUGUGCUCACCGCUAAACUAUUGGCUUACAAGACGCUCUGUGAGCAACGCGGGCCGAAAUUGGAGAACGAAGAGCUCCAGAAGUCAUCGUUCCGACUCAUCAGUACAUCCCUCUCGAAUUCGUGUCCGAUGACUCGACUCAUCGGAGCAGAAGCGAUGGCUCGACUGGCGCAAGCUGUUGGCUCACCGCAAUACGUGGCAGAAACCGCACAGUAUUGUUUCGGAAUGCUCAAUAGUUGUAAAGAUGAAACGAAUCGAUGUGGACAUGUGUUGGCACUCGGAUGUCUUCAUCGCCACGUGGGAUCUCUCGGUAGUGGACAACAUUUGAAUACGGGUGUCUCAGUGGUUCUAGCACUCGCCGAGGAGAAUAAAAUGCCAAAAGUGCAGACGAGUGCGUUGGUGGCGAUGGCGUUGAUUGCGGAGACGGGUAGUGGAAUGUUCCGAGUGUUUGUGGAGACUACGUUGAGCUCGUGCUUGAAAUUGUUGAUAUCCACGCCCACUUUUGUUGUGGAUGUCGUGCAGGGGAUUAGUAAAUGUCUCACCGCUCUCAUCACCUGCGUCGGUCCGGAACUCAGCUGUCCCGGUGUCAUCGAUGGUGUCCGAACUUCGCUCCUCGCCGCGUGUGCUAUCCAACUCUCGCAUUCCGAUCCGUUCGUCCAAGCCGAAGCCAUCUCAGGACUCCAACAAAUGCAUUUAUUCGCUCCGAGAUAUGUUCAUAUGGCUCAACUCGUCAUCGAUAUCAGCUCAUUGCUCUCAUCUACUCAUCUGGUCAUUCGGAAACAAGCGGUUAGCUGUUUGAGACAACUGGUGCAACGAGAAUCGAAAGAAGUCAGAAACCACGCUCAGAUACUGGUUCCCCAGGGAAUCGUUGAGACGAAUAAGAAGAAGUUCGCGCUGCCGGAGACUGGAUUAGAGGGCGCUCUGUUCGGAAUGCUAGACACAGAAACCAAUAAAGAGUUGAGAAUUCAUCUUCAGGAGACGUUGAUCUCACUGGUCCAAGGGACGUCUGGAGAGCUUCUGAAUAACUGGUUGAUGUUGUGCAAAGAGAUUCUGGCGACGUCCAACGAUCACGGAGGAUUGGCGAGGAAGAAGGAGGAAAAGAAGGAGAAAUUGGAGGAAGAUGCGGAUGAUGAUGACGAUGAGGAUGGGGAUGACGACACGAAUCUAGCUGGAAUUAGUUCACUGAUGGAGGAGGAUAAGGGGAAGGUGCAACCGAGAUGGCCGACGAAAGUUUUCACGAUGGAGAUUGUGAAUCGACUGAUGAGUGUAUGCGAUACGGAACGAGCUCAUCUAGAUAUGGCACUGGCUAAAGAGCUUCAAAUUACGUCCGGAGGGAAGAAUGACUAUCUGGUGUUGCAUUUGUCGGAUCUUGUUAGAAUGUCUUUUAUGGCAGCGACAUCUGACAACUCGCUGCUUCGAAUUGCUGGGUUGAAGUCUUUGGAGGAAGUCAUUAUAAGAUUCUCGUCAUGCCCGGAGCCAGAAUUCCCGGGACACAUGAUACUGGAGCAGUUUCAAGCUCAAGUUGGCGCUGCACUCCGCCCAGCGUUCACUGAUGACACACCUAGUAAUGUCACCUCGGUGGCAUGCCAAGUGUGUAGUACGUGGAUUGGUAGUGGUGUUGCGCGGGAUUUAAAUGAUUUGAAAAGAGUGCACCAGCUACUUGUAUCAUCUCUGAAUAAGCUGAAACAUGGGAGUAUCAAUGUCCAAUUGUAUAGUGAAAGUGCGGCGACACUGGAGAAGUUGUCGAUUUUGAAGGCGUGGGCGGAGGUUUAUGUGACGGCGAUUGAGCAAGAUCGAAUGAAGAAUGAGAACGAAGAAGCGAGAGAUCACUAUGAGUAUAAUGGAAGUGGAUCCUUGUUAUCCCUUGUGGAACCUGAAACCAACUCUCUAAUAGCCUACUGGCUGGCAACCCUGAAUGACGCGGCACUUCUCGCGCUUCCCGGUCACUAUUCCGAGCAAUUUUUGAGUCGAGGCGGUGCAUUUUUCAAUGCGCACAGUGCAGAAGCGUGCCGGGAAUACUACCAACUGUGCUGGCCACCGAUCCUCCUCGCUUGCUCUACAUGGCUAUCCAAACACAACUUCGAGCUGCCAUCCGGAAUCGAAUUGUCGCCAGAAACCGCAUCGGUGUGGAGAGAUGACGGCAACAUCUCCAGAUUCUACCUGCUCAUCGGGAUUGCGGUGGAGUCUCUGAGCAACAAAACACGACAAAUUGAAGAUGAGACUAUACAAAUGUCGGUGAAAUCGCUGACUCGAUUACUGUCUUGCGAGUGGUGUCAGAUGAAUUUGAUGAGUGACACCGCGGCGGUCAUUGAGAUAUUGUAUGUGUUACAUCGAAGUGUUUUGACAAGAGAUUGCUUAACCACCCAACUACAAUGUAUCGAAUGCGUGAGGUCUAUCAUCGAUGCGGCACAACUUUCUAUGAGAAUCUGUGCGUCGAGAGAUAUAUCAAAUGGGAAUCUGGAGAAUGCGGAUAGCCUUAGGAAGAUUCCGAAUGUCUUGUUUGCUGGAGAGGAAGGUGGAAAUGAUGGACAGAUUAUUAAUAAGGAUGGCGUGAAGACUAUCAGUUAUGCUAUCCUGGAAUUGGCGGUUUGUGCCAUAUUCAAGCAGAUGCCGCAAAUCAACUCGGCACAACUUAAAACCAAUUCUCUUGCGGCGUUACACCUCAGGAAGGUUGGACGACUCCCUGCGGAAUCCACUCAUUUGGUCAUUAAAAGUAUGCAAAUCCUGGUACAAAUCCCUUCUCUAUGCUCACCGCAAGCCCGGAUAACACUCCUACCCGUUGUGAUGUACUUGUUGAUUGGAUUCAUUCGAGAGACCGCCCGUCUCGAUGAGGGAUCCAUUCAAGCGGAUCGAGCCGGACAUUUGUCGGCGAUCGCCGCUGCCGCCAUACAAUCGAUUCGGAAUAUUGUGAGCCAACCGCCCGGUGAUGAGACGGAGAAUAGUUGGAAGACGAUUAUGAGGAAUGCGUUCUAUUCGGUGUUGAAUAUGGCGGAAGGUUUCGAUGAAAUCUGA